UUACAUAGACAUACAUUUAAGUGUAGACAUCACACAUUGACACGGACAGCUGAGGUAGACUACUACACAACUGACUUACAAACUUAAACUCAGUUACGUUUAGACUCUUAUUGAGAAAACACACGCUUUUAUUCUCUCUUAUGGUGUUAAAUAAUACGUGUUAACAUUACUUUUUGAACCGUGAAUAUUAAUUAUUCUACAAUUAAUAAUUUAAUGUUGAAUAAAAACUACUAAUUUAUGACCCGAAUUAAAGGAUUUAUCGGCAUUCUCUAAUUAACAAUUGAUAAAAAAUUGGCUGCUGCAAAAUACGCGCCACGUGCCGUCAUCGAUCACGUGGUAGCGCCAUUUUAUCGACCGUCUGGCAGGCCCGGGUUCACUCAUUGGAUUUCUUUAUACCACGUGAUCACUUCCUGACAUUUGUCCCCACUCCAGGAAUGUGGUGAGUUGUGUGUGUCGGGGAAGUGAGGAGAAAGCCCAGGCAAAACCCUUGAAGUUCGACAAGCUUCUAGGAACAAAGGAUUUCUGAUGUAAAACAUCUUGAAUGUUGAAAUAUUCAAUCUGAUAAGGACCAACAGUAUUUACAAGAUUAUUUUAUUAGAAUCAAGACAUUUUUUUGUUUUAUAUUAGUGAUAUCGAAUCCUGUGAUUUAUUUAUUUGUUAAAAUUACGACAAAUUUGACAGUUCACCACCAGAGAAUUGAUUAAGAAGUGUGCAAAAAAAUUUUGAAUAACGUUCAAGUGACGAAUCAAUAGCUUGGUCAAGUGAAAUAGACUUUAAACUUGAAAUUAAAAUAAGUUUCAAGAAUAAUCUCACCCACAUAUCAAUAUGAUUAGAUGAAGUAUAAAAAAUAAUUAAUAAUAAUUACGACUGUAGUUAUCAGAACAGUUUGAUUGAUUGAUUGAUUUGCUUUAAAAAGAAAAAGAUAAGAUUGAGCUUCGUACUACAAUAAAGUUAUAAGAAUAAUUUCAAAAGAUUCUUUCAAAGUAGUAGGAUAUAAAAUGUACAGUAUGAACUACAUUGGAAAGUUCAUCAGCAAUUUUCGUGACUUUUACAAAGAAAUUAAUGCUGCUACCUUAACUGGAGCUAUCGAUGUCAUUGUUGUGGAGCAAGAAGAUGGGUCUUUCACUUGCUCACCAUUUCAUGUUAGAUUUGGUAAGCUGGGAGUUCUCAGAUCCCGAGAAAAAGUGGUUGACAUUGAAAUAAAUGGAGAACCUGCGCCUAUUCACAUGAAACUUGGAGAUGCUGGGGAAGCAUUUUUUGUUGAGGAAGUAUCUUCCAGUGGAUCAGAAAAUGAGCCAGAAAUACCUCCACAUCUAGCCUGCUCACCAAUUCCAGAUGAGAGCUGUUUUCCUCCUCCUCCAAGAUUUCAUCUACUUUCUGAACUACCUCAAGAACAGCAUGAAAAAAUUCUUAGAGAUUCAGUACUAUCGAUUGAACGUGAAAAACUUGAACAAAUGUCCUCUUUACCAGCUGAUCAACGUGAAAAGUUCCUUAAUGAGCAAUUUUCGGACCUUCCUACUGAACAUCGUGAAAAAUUGCUUCAUAUUGCAUCAAUGACUUCUGAAGAGCGGAAUAAAGUAUUUCAGGAAAGUUUAAAUGCCAUGUCUACUCAACAAAAACAACAAAUGAUAAGAGAUGAAUAUUCAGCAUUAAAAAUAGAAGAUAGAGAAAGAUUAUUUAAAGAAAAUUUUCCGGAACUCCCAGCUGAACAAAGAGCAAAGUUCGAAAAAGCCCUAUUGAAUGAUUGGAAAAAUAAUGAUGAUCAGCUGCAGGAUAAUAACAAACUCACAACACAAGUUGAAGAAGAAAUUUUUGAUAUGGAUAAUAUCAAUGAAGAAGAAUCAAAGCCGACUGUUUCCACACCAAAAUCUUUCGUUGCGGUUACCUCUUCAGAAAGAAUUAGAAAAAUCAGUAUUGUUACUAACAAUUUUAUACCUAUUGCUGAUAAUUUUCCACCAGGUGUUGAAGAUAUAUCACGAGUUGAAGCUAAUGUAGAAAAAAAAUCCUUGGGUGAAGAAAACACUGAAGAAGUUAAGGUUUCAUCUUCUUCUAAAAGAAAACGACGAAAGAGAAGUAUGAAAAAGAAAGGAGCUCAAAGAAAAAGUAGUAAUGGAAGCAGUAGUCAAACAGAAGUUAGUGAGACUGAAGUUCCACAUAUUGAAGAACAAUUAAGUGAACCUACAUCAAAAGAAGUGAACCAAAUUAAAGAAGGAGAAGUUAAAAAAAUAUCAGAGACUAUAAAAGCUCCACCACAAACGGACUUCCACUUCUUCAGUGACACUGAAAUUACCAAGAACCGGGAUUCCAGGCCUUGUUCUCCUGUUCAAUCGGAUACAGAGUUUGAAAUGAGAAAGAUCGAACAAGAUAGUAAAGAGAUGAAUGAAGAUAAACGCCAUCGACAGAGUUGGAGGUGGGGUGAAUUGCCAAGUCCACCGCCGGAAGUUACUCAUACUCUUAAUACUUCUACUGCUGUCGUCCCAACCAAUGAUCAAGAGGCACAGCGUUCUAUGCUCAGUGGUAUGUUCUCCUUCAUGAAGAAGACAUCUCGCGUUAGACACAAUCCAGAAUCAGAAGGCAUUUACUUGAGCGACUUAAAUGCUGAUGAAUUGGAUCCUGAGGUAGCGGCUCUUUAUUUCCCUUCUUCUCAUCGCGGAUCAACUGUCGCUAAAGAAAGAAAAACAGUGGAUGAAGAAGAUACUGAAUCAGGAAAUGGUCCAAGCUUACCCCAAAGCCCCAAUAGUGUAGAAGGUGCUAUAGGAGGCCCAAAGUCCUUAGAUAGUGAUUUUGAAGAAUCAAAACAAUCACUAUUUGAUAAUAGGUUUGAUAUAAGCUUAUCAUUAUGUGGUGGUUUAGAUUCAGAGAAUGGCCCAAAUCAAGAAUCUUUUCAACAAAAUUUACUCCAAUUUGAAGAUAUUUGUAAUGAUGUAAAACUAUUUGAAAACCCUAAUUUGGUAGUUAAAAUCAAUGGGAAAUUUUAUAAUUGGGCCACCGCGUGUCCUAUCAUUGUCACAUUAGCUGCUUUUCAACGGUGUUUACCUCAGCCUACUAUUGAAAACUUAUAUCUGCAAUACAUUUCAUUGCCAAUUCACCAAGAUAAAAAAGAACCAAAUGUAACAAACAAAACUAAUGAGACAAGAAGUGGAGGCUACAGUUCAUGGUUUUCGUGGCGACGUUCAUCAUCCCAGCCAACUAAAAAAGACGAAGAAUCUGGUCAUGAUAAGUCAGUAGAACAAACAACUGAUAUUUCCAAUGAACUCAAAGAAUCUGAUAAUGUAGAUGAUAGUAACAUUUCAUCUAUUCCGCAAGAAAAAAGUAAAGAAGAGCUGAUAAUUAAAGUUGAAGAAUCUGACAAUAGUCUUUCUAGUACUCCAGAGGAGACUUCAGUACUGCCAAAAGAGUCAAAGAUCGAAGAGAAAGAAGGUGAAGGAUAUAGCGGAAGCGAAGAUUCCGAUAGUAAUCAAAAUGAACCACAAGGAGUAAAAAUUCCUAAAGAGCGACGUUCGUAUUAUGAAUCUAGUGAAAAAUAUCGUAAAACUUUACGACUUACGUCUGAACAAAUUGCUAGCCUAAAUUUGAAAGAAGGACUCAAUGAUGUAGUUUUCAGUGUCACCACAGCUUACCAAGGUACCUCUCGGUGCAUGUGUUGUAUCUAUCGAUGGCGAUAUGAUGAUAAAAUAGUUAUAUCUGAUAUUGAUGGUACUAUUACUAAGUCUGAUGUGCUUGGACACAUUCUUCCAAUUGUCGGAAAAGAUUGGGCCCAGUCUGGUGUUGCUCAAUUAUUUACUAAAAUUCAAAAAAAUGGAUACAAACUGUUGUAUUUAUCAGCACGAGCAAUUGGUCAAUCACGAGGUACCAGAGAUUAUUUGAGAAGCAUUAAGCAGGACGAUAUCAGUCUUCCUGACGGACCUGUGCUUUUGAAUCCUACCAGUUUAAUAUCAGCAUUCCACCGAGAAGUUAUUGAAAAAAAGCCUGAGAGAUUUAAGAUUUCCUGUCUCCGUGACAUUAUGGCACUCUUUCCUGAAAAUAGUCGUCCAUUCUAUGCUGGCUAUGGAAAUCGAGUCAAUGAUGUUUGGGCUUAUACUGCAGUAGGCAUUCCAAUUCAUCGAAUCUUUACUAUAAAUCAUCGUGGAGAACUGAAGCAUGAGUUAACGCAGACAUUCCAAUCUUCAUAUUUGGAUAUGAGUUUCAUCGUCGAUCACCUAUUCCCAGCAGCGAGAGAAUAUGCAUCUGAUGAAUUCAGCUCCUUUUCCUUUUGGAGGGAGCCUUUACGCGAAAUACCACGUCUCGAUCAGCUUUGUGAAAGACAACUGAUUUAAUAAAUAAUCGCUUAAGUGUUCAAAAAUAAUGACACAACGUAUAGUUGCUUACACAAACCUCUUUUUUACACUCCAAUUUAUGCAAUAUUACGCUAAAGCUUAAUGAAAUCAAGCAAUCUUUUGGUAGAUAUGUCAAUGGAAAAAUUUACCUUCGUACUUAUUUACUGCUUUAUAUAUUUAUGUAGUUAGCUCAUAGUACGCAGGAAAUUAUAAAAAAAGCCAAGCUUUGUCUAAUAACGAUUAUAUAUUCUCAAUUAUAGAAAACAUUCCGAGUUGAAUGAUGAAUUAUUUUGUUACAUGGUGACAAAUGUUACUAAAAUUUUUUUAGAUUUAAAUUUGAAAAAUAUAAUAAUUAUAUGAGCUAUUCUAAACAAUUCGAUGAUAAUUGAUUUUAUAAUGAUACAAGAAAGAAAAAAAUAAUGUUACCAAAAGCCUAAAAUUUUUUGUAGGCAAACAGCUAACAAAUUGAUUACAAUAUUUGGAUAAAUAAUUUUCAGGGGAUUUCUAGUCUUGAAUGAAUACACUAACAUAAACAUAAAUGACAAGCUUUAAAACUCUCAUUAUGUCGUAACUUAAUAUCGAAAAUGUGGUUUACAAUAAUUGAUGUUGUUUAAGUAAUUGAAAAAAAUGUAGUAAAUGUUUCAUUUCUAAAAGCUUUCAUUAUAGUAUAACUAGUUUAUUUUUCUACAUAUAAAUUUAUUUAGCUUACAAUGAAUGAGUAAUUUAGUUAAUGAGUUAAUUAAAAUUUAAUUUACAUUAUUAAAUUACUUAAUUAGUCAAACAAUUUGAGACCAGAUAAUAAUGAUUGUAAAUUGUGAUACUUCCAUAGGAGAGUAAAAUUUUUCUACCUAAAAUUUAUUCAAAAAUUUGAUUAGAGUAUAUUUUUUUUCUUUUACAUUUUUUAUUCCAUUAUUUUGCAAUUGUACCUCUUAAUAAUUAAUUUCAAAUGAUUGCCAGGAGUACAAUUACAAAAAGUCUGAAUUGUUUAUAAUUAAUUUAUUUAUAUAUAAUAGAUUUAUUUAUAUAUAAUAGAUUUUAAUAUUUUCUGAAGGUAGCUAAAAUACAUUGUUAUGUUAGAUAUGAGAAACUUUCGUAUGUUAAUUUUUUACAUAGAAUAAUACUCAGGAUCAGACGAAAUUUAAUGAAAAAAAUCAAAGUUGCUGUGCAACAUCAUAAUAACCAAAGACUUUGAUUUGGACUCCAUAUGAAAUGGAUUGAUAGUAAAAAAAAAAAAACAUUGUGAUUUUUUUUUUUUUAAACAAUGCAUUGAAAUGCAAAGAUCCCUGAGUUAUAAGAAAAUGUAUUCUAAAAUCAAUUUAGUUAAUUUAAAAAUAGGAUAUUAUUUUCAAAUAUAAAUAAAUAUAUUUUUUAAUUUGAAUUCAUUUUUUAAGUGAAUAUUGUCAGGAAAAUAAUAAGUAACAGGAGAAUGACAAUUUACCUAUAUAAUGAAUUGAUCUCAGCUUUACCACGCUUUCGACAAUUAUAAAUCAAAUAAUAGGCGUAAGAAGCUUCUAUGGUCAACUUAAAUAAGGUGAUAGACAUUUGUAAUAUUUAUAAAAAAAUUUGUUAUUGUCCAAACAUUUUCUUUGACUAUCCUUGAAAUAUGUUCAAGCUUCAAGUAUUAAAUGUAAUGUCUUGUAGCCAAAAUACAUUGUAAAGUAUAACGAGAA